UGGUUUGGAUCAUCGACGAGUUGACGUGUUUUGCCAGCUGACAACGACAGCAUGUUCACAGUGGAGCUAGCUAGCCAUGUAAACAAUCAUUCUGCAACCCACAGGCACCGGAGUCUGUGUAUUGAUGUGAUUUGAAUGUAACUGGAGGAGUGGGACGGUUGUUUGAUUUUUGUUGUUUUAUUUCGCCCCCCUUCCCGAAAUUGAAAUAUUUUUGGUGUCAAUACCAUGUACUGUAGGUGGCGGCAAUUACACCAAGGUGUAUGUAUAGUCUGUCAAUACAACUUUGAAGAAGAAGAAUCAUUCUGCAAAUUCGGCAGUAUUUAUACUUGAAUGACGUGCACUUUGCAGCAGUGAAGGGGUCCACAGCAACUUUGAUGCAACUGUGAACAUCAUCAUCAUCAUGGCUUCGAGCUUCGCCCCACCAAAACUGGCUAAUUUCAUUCUCACAGAGAGGCUGGGCAGUGGCACCUAUGCGACAGUUUACAAAGCUUACAGAAAGGGGGACAACCGGGAGGUGGUGGCAGUGAAGGUGGUUGGGAAGAAGACUCUGAACAAGGUGUCUAUGGAGAACCUGCUGACUGAGAUAGAGAUCCUGAAAACUGUUCGCCACCCUCACAUUGUUCAGCUGAAGGACUUUCAGUGGGACAGUGAAAACAUCUAUCUGAUCCUGGAGUGGUGUUCUGGUGGGGACCUGUCCCGUUUCAUCCACAGUAGGCGCUUGCUACCUGAGAGGGUGGCUCGGCUCUUCCUGCAGCAGAUAGCCUGCGCUCUUCAGUUUCUCCAUAAUCAUAACAUCUCCCAUCUGGACCUGAAACCCCAGAACAUUCUGCUCAAUGGUUCUGUUCUUAAACUAGCAGAUUUUGGCUUUGCGAGUUACAUGUCUCCGUGGGAUGAGCAGAGUGCUCUGAGGGGCUCUCCUCUCUACAUGGCCCCUGAGAUGGUGUGUCGAAGGCAGUAUGACUCCAGGGUCGACCUCUGGUCUGUGGGAGUCAUCCUGUAUGAGACACUAUUUGGCCGGGCACCAUUUGCCUCCAGAUCCUAUGCUGAACUGGAGGAGAAGAUCCGCAGUGACAAGCCCAUCGAGGGACACUCCUGUGCCAGAGUGGGUACUACAGUCUCCUCCUCAAUCCAGUGGUCAGGACAGAGUCUGCCUGCAGGGGCCAGAGUGUCCAGGAACUGCAGGGACUUACUGCUGCGGCUGCUGGACAGGGACCCUGACACCCGCCUCACCUUCGCUCAGUUCUUCUCCCACCCCUGGGUGGACCUCGAGCACAUGCCCAAUGCAGAGAGCCUGGGGAAAGCGAAGGAUCUGGUCCUGAAAGCUGUUCAGAAGGACCAGGAGGGGGAUAGAUCAGCUGCUCUGUCUCUGUACUGCAGCUCACUAGAGCACUUUGUCCCCGCCAUUCACUAUGAGACAGACAGACUGCGUAAAGAUGCCCUUAGGCAAAAGGUUAGUCAGUACGUGUCCAGGGCAGAGGAGCUGAAAGCUCUGGUGUCUGCAGACAACAGCCUCUGCUUUGAGCAGUUCAAGUCCACCAGAGACAUCCUGAGAGAGAUGUCCCGUGACCAACCACGGGUGCUGGCUGCUCUGGAGCUGGCAUCUACAGCCAUCGCCAUGGAGGAGAAUGGGAUAGAGGACCAUGAUACACUGGCUCUGUACCAGCAGAGUCUGGGAGAACUACUGCUUGCCCUGGCAGCCUCCUUCCUUCUCUUUCUCCCUCUCCUCCCCCUCUAUGUCUGUCUUCCAGCUGAAGCCCAGGGGCGCCGGAGAGAGUUGCUCCACGGUGAGAUCAAGAGCCUAAUGACCAGAGCUGAAUACCUCAAAGAACAGAUCAAGAUGCUAGAGACCCAAAAAGAUGUUUCAAUGGAUCGAGAGCCUCUAUCAGAAUCUGUGAGAAGUUCAUGCUGUGUGCAGUGAGCCAGCCUGGCAGUAGGAACCAGAGAGAGGGUCCAUCGUGCCUGCGGAGCGAGCCCCAGACCCCUGCACCUCUACGGGUCAGGCUAAGGAAUUCCUCAGGCCUCUGAGACCAUGGCCUCAGUAGUCUCGCAUCACCGUACUCGUAAGUCUCAAUCAUUGCGCGGCUGUUGUUUCCCAACAAAAGUGAGAAAGCCUGGAAAUGGAGGCUAUGGCGUCAGAGACAAUCUACUCUGUUAUUACUCUGCCUGGACUUCAACUAGCAGCUUGUCAGCCUUGCAUCCCCCUCACCAACACAACACAGAAGACUGUCACAGCUUCGAGUCACUGCUCAGCCUUAAAGCCCUCCUGCCUAACCAUUCAUAUGGAAAGGCUGGACAGCUUGUAUGCUAAUACUGUACUGUCAUGAUAAACUAGUGCUGUAUCAUGUUGUUGUGUUAUGUUGCAGGAUGAAUAAGGGUAAUAAAUGAGCCUCAAAUGCUUGUAGUUGCAAAAGAGAUGGCGAGUCAGAAUGGCUACCCAGCAUAGCAAGUUUGUCGUCUGUAACUGAAGGGACUUAUCGAAAUGUAUCAUGAAUAUUUGGGAAAGCCCUUCUGUCGCCCCACACACGCACACACACACACAAACAAAAUCCCUUUUCUGUGGCCUGACCACAGCCUCACCACGCUCCCUCUGCUGAUGGAGCAGCCUCUACCACUAUGAGAGGAAAACUGGAGAGGUGCGGCUGCAGCCUUAUUUACUCUGUAGACUUUCAUUUACUUUUGGGUUGGCACCGGUCAGGAUGAAGGCAUACAGUAGCAACUGUGAAGUCAAGGCGUGCGUCACAACUCAGCCUGCUUUAGUAGCCUGCCAAAAGGUUGGACAUUUGGUGACGUUAUUACUGUUGUGGGUCUUUUCCUUUCUGUUUGUUUUCAGUGAGCAAGGUUGUGUGCAUGAAUCUACUUUCAAGGGAACUUUUAGUAUUUGUGAAUAGGCUGUAUCAUAGGAGGCUAUCUGCUGUCUGUAUUCAGGAAAUGUUGUGGUGUAACUGAAAAGGAAGAAAUGUGUGUCGAAUUGAGAACUGACAAUUGUGUAUUGUUUUUGUUGAAACAUUUUGUAUGGGUAUGAUUUUAUUAAUUAUUUAUUACCGUAAAAGGCUGAUUCAAUUUAAUUAAAAUGGCUAUGUAAUGUGUU